CAAAAUCUUCAAAUCCCACCUCCACAAAUCAAAUGGGUCCUCUUAAAAAACCCCAAUUCUUCUUCUUCCAAUUCUUCAUCCUCAAAACAAUUUCAAAAUGGGUGUUAUCGCAGUCGCAAAUGCCCCUCUUCAUGUUCUUGCAGUUGAUGACAGCAAUCUUGAUAGGAAAUUGAUCGAACGUCUGCUAAAGACCUUUUCAUAUCAUGUUACUGCUGUAGAUUCUGGAAGUAAGGCCUUGGAGUUUUUGGGUCUGCAAGAUGUUGAAAAGCUUCCGUCUUUUGCUGCUAACACUUGUCAACCAGAAGUGGAAGUGAAUUUGAUUAUUACGGAUUAUUGUAUGCCUGGGAUGACUGGUUUUGAACUCUUGAGAAAGAUUAAGGAAUCAACAUCACUUAAAGACAUACCGGUUGUAAUCAUGUCCUCCGAGAACGAGCCAGCUAGGAUAAAUAGAUGCUUGGAAGAAGGAGCUGAGGAGUUUUUCCUGAAACCCGUGCGGUUGUCCGAUGUUGACAAGUUGAAACCCUACUUCUCAAAGAACAAGAGGAAGACCAACAAUAAUGAGGAAGAAUGUGUUUCAAAUGACAAAUCUAGAGUGAAGUACGAUGAUGUUGAAGCAUGGUCCGAGGAAGAAAGACAAAUGUUUUCUGAGGAUAAGUCUUGCUGACAUCAUCAUCAUAAUCAUCGUGAGAGGUUCAAGAUUCAUGUGGUUCCAUCAAGGUCAUGGAGAGGUGUUAUUAAGUUGGGAAAAAACUAGGGUUUGUGAUAUAACCCAUGAUUGAAUGUUAUCUUUUUGAACAUUUCGGGUUUUACAAUUGAUCAUAAAAUAAAUUGGUAAUCGUAAAACUUGUUGUUUGUAUUGCAAAUCUUUAAUUUGUUAUUUGUUUGUUUUAUUUGGGGA